GAGCGUGCGCGGUGCGGUCAUUGUAGGGGCCAGACAACUCAGCUCGUGAAGACUAACUGAUCACAGUAAGUUAUGUUUAAGUGUUGUUGUGUAGUUGCCAUAAUAUAGCGGAAGUAAUGGAAAGAUUGUUGUUGCUCGAGGUUCUGUUUAUUGUAUAAACUUAGAGAUGAGCUGUAACCAGUCAACUUACACGUGAUCUCAUACUUUCGGUUUGCUUCGUGUGUUUGUUUACAAUCCGUUAUGACCUAGUUAGGAUACACGUUUCACUACAUACGGUAACUACUAGUUUCACAGGUCAUAUAGUCGACAUGCUAGGGGCCUUUGUGGCCUAUGUACAUUGGUUCUUCAUACAAAUAUAGUUUUGCAGUUAUUUCCAGCCUCUGUGGCGUCUUAAGUAUGUGUUGGGUGCCUGUGUGUCACCUUUCUAGGUAUAUAUAGGUAUAUAUAUAUCUUGGCCUUUGUGGCGAAUUUUUACAUUGAUAAGCCUUGGUGGCUGAUGUCCAUAUUAACAAGCCUUUGUGGCAUAUGAACUAUACCUGUGUGGAUAGUUUGUUAAUAUUUACUUGUAUGUGUGUCUGGGACAUGGGUAAUUAGUAAUGGUGUCAUCAUUAAUCAAAUAAAUAAACAAAUGUGACUUACACAUUGUUAUGUGGUUUGCUAGACAAAUUACUGAGGUGUAUGGUUAUUUUGAUGAUGUCUACAUUUGCAUUGUUGAGUUAGGGCAAAUAAUAAAUACUAAUUACAUGCAAAUAGGUUACAAGUUUUUGAGGCCAACUUGUCUCUAGCUAGCUUGUUUUCCUGUCACAAAGUACAUGUUAAUAUGUCUAUACUGGGGCAUCCAAUUAUAUGUAUUUUCUUUCUUUUUGAGCACAAUGCCUCUUACUAGACGGGCCGCGAAAAACCACAGGGUGAUUAACACCACAAGCACUGAGCGGGCAACUGAGGUCCAGAUAGAACCACCCACUCCACCCAACAUAGUCAGGGGCAGAAGGGCCAGAGGGGCAGUGGAGGAGGUGCCAGUGGUGAUGGCAACGACAACGCCUAUUUCUCAAACAGCUGUUCAGACGCCAUCAGUCUCAGCUAUAGCAGCUGAGCUAUUCCAACUUAUGAAGGCAGAAGGCAUGGUGAUGAGAGAACCACAGCCAGUGUACCAUAGCCUGGGUCAAACAGGGCAAUCAACCACUAUAAGUGCCCCUAUGCAACAGCUGGGGCCUUCUACAUCAGGAACAGCUACAUCAGCAGCGCUUGGUGCUCCCGGACAGCAGUUGAUACCUCCAGUGCGGACCACAACGCAUGAUAACGUAUUGACUGAGAAUUCGUUGCCACUGUCCGAUAUUGUUUUUGGGCCUGUGGCCGACAGUUUGACAGGUCCAGGCUUUUCGUCAGCACGUUCCACACAUGGACAGUUGUCCCAUGCCAGUACCUCAGACGUUGUUACAAAUCUGACACAAGAAGUACGCUGCCUGCUAGACAACGCACUUACCGAGAGCUCUAAACAAUUAUACAGGAGGGCUUUUCAUUUACUGUUUACAUUUUUGCAUAACACUAUGCAUGUUAGAUGUCACUUGCCCAUUAGCAUUGAUCACUUAGCACUGUUCAUAGCUCAUUUGGUACAAUCUGGCUUUGCCACUUCUACUAUUUAUUCUUAUGUAUCUGCUAUUGGUUAUGCACACAAAUUGUUGAAUCAUACAGAUCCUACUCAAAUUUUUGUUAUACGGAAAAUGUUAACAGGAUUACAGAAGAAAGGUAAAGCUCCUGACACUCGCCUUCCAAUUACUCAAUCGAUUCUUCAAAAGCUUGUUUCUUCUUUGUCAGCAAUUGAUCUCACCCCUUAUGAAAUCUUGGCUUUCAAGUCCAUGUACUUGUUGGCAUUCCAUGCAUUCUUGAGAAUUGGGGAGAUUGCUGCGGGCCAAAGUAAACACAACCUUUUACAACUUAGCAACAUUCAGUUCUUUAAGGUGGGGUCAGUUGCUUUUCCUACGCGUUUAGAAAUCAAAUUUGAGUCGUACAAAGGUCAUUAUCAUACUGAUCCUAUGACUCUUUCCCUACAAGGGCAUUCUGAUAAGUCGUUUUGUCCAGUAUACAAUCUGUAUUGCUUUCUACAGACAAGGGGCUCAAAACCAGGUCCUCUAUACAUUUUUCAGUCGGGCAAACCAGUCUCCUAUGCAUACUUUACAAGAAUUAUGAAACGUGUUCUGUUAGCUUCUGGUUAUAGCACUGACUCAUAUAAGAGUCAUAGUUUCAGAAUAGGAGCUGCUAGUUUGGCCGCAACCAUGGGGGUACCUGAGGGUGAUAUUCAAGCAAUGGGCAGGUGGCAUUCGCGUGCGUUUAAGAAAUACAUACGUAUACCAACUUUUUCUGCAAUUUAGUUAGCUAGUGAGUUGGAUGCAUGGCAUCUUCACACUAGGUUAACAUUGAACAAUAAUGGUUUGAUUUGCCUGCCUCCCAUUUUACAUAACUUCAUACAAACUAUUUAAUGUUAGUUGUGUUUAUUACAUUAGAACCAUUCUAUUGUUGGCGUCAUUUAACACGCAGUGAAAUUUAUCAUGAGCUGAUUAUGAGUGAAAAAGUGUAUUAACUAGCUAGACUGCAAAGUGGAAAUAAGGGUCUUGGGGUGAUGCACCUCUGCUCCUUUUUUCAUUAUUUUAUACACGGGGUAUUACUGUGGUCAGUAUACACCAGAAAGUUACAUUUGGUUCAGUGCGGUUCUUCCUUAACAUUUCCAUGAUAUUCGUUGGACUUAUCGUGUAUACGUACAAUCAUAUGGGCAUGGGGUGAUGCACUUCUGCCCUUAGGAGCCAAUGGACGUAUUUGGAAUAACCGCAUAUAGUAAGCUUACUAGUGACACUUCAGUGUAAGCAAUGAUAUUUGGGAUGGCUUAUGCCAUUCAUACGAAACUGUUCAGUUCAUGAGACACAAUUUUGAACAAU